AUGGUGGACUUGUCCAACAAUAAAUUCCAUGGUGUGAUUCCAUCGUCAUUCUUCCGACGAGCUACGAAUUUGACUAGUUUCAAUGUCGGGAACAACACCUUCUCAGGUUCUAUCCCAUCCUCUAUAUGUCUUCAUUCUUCUCCCCUGAUUAGGCUGUUGGAUUUUUCCAUCAAUGAAUUCAGCAGCAAUAUUUCUGGUGGACUAGGGAAGUGUUCGAAACUACAGGUUUUUCGUGCUGGUUACAAUAGGCUCUCUGGACAACUUCCAGAAGAUAUCUAUAAUGCUACCACACUUGAAGAAAUCUCAUUACCUAGCAAUGCGCUUCAUGGAGACAUUAGUGAUGAAAUUGUCAACCUCACCAACCUCACAAUCCUUGAACUAUAUGUUAAUCAAUUUAGUGGCAUGCUCCCGAUGAAUAUGGGCAAGCUCUCCAAAUUGAAACUCAUUCUUCUUCAUUUCAACAAUCUAACAGGUUCUCUGCCCCCAUCUUUGUUGAAUUGCACAAACCUUAGAGAAUUGAACCUCGGAUUCAACCAUUUUGUAGGAAAGCUCUCCAUGCUUGAUUUCUCCAAACUUAGUCGCCUUACUAAACUUGACUUUGUGAGUAAUCAAUUCACUGGUGUCUUCCCAACUAGCCUUUACUCAUGCAAGUCCCUGAAAGCACUUCGGCUGAGCUUAAAUGACUUAGACGGACAAAUACAGCCUGAGAUUCUUUCACUGAAAUCUUUGUCCUUCCUCUCGCUUUCUGCGAGCAGAUUGUCCAAUAUCACAAGGGUACUUAAUAUACUGAUGGGCUGCAAAAGUUUGAAGGUUCUCAUCCUUUCAAACAAUUUUAUAGGUGAAGAAAUGCCAAAUGGUGAUGGCAUCGUUGGUGUUGAUGGAUUGCAAAAUCUUUGUAUUUUGUCUUUCCGUGGUUGUCAGCUCACUGGUCCCUUACCUAUAUGA